AUGCAACAAAAAAUCGUAAGACACCACCAUUUGGAAUGGCGAAAUUAUAACAAGACUGACGCAACCAAAGACGACACUGAAGCUGAUACCAAUAAUAUGUUCUGGAACUCCUUUGAUAUCAUGAUUAUCCAUAAGAUCCUACUUGCCUCAAUCUUUGUUUACUCAGUUGACUAUAGAGAAUCACAUAUAGUGGAUAUCAAAAAAAUCAUCAUAACUGGUAUUACUACUAAUACUGAGAAUACUACUGAGAGUGAGAAGACUAUUAAAAUUACGGCUGGUACGGUUAGUAUUUAUAUCGGUACUGUUGAUGAGGGUAACUGCUGUAGUUAUCCUAAUCCUAAGGAUGCUACUACUCAGAUUGGUACUGUUACUAAGGCCACUAUUACUCCUCAUAAGGAUGGUAAAGCUACUCUCAAAAUUGAUAUUAAAAUUACUCCUACUGCUGCUAAUAAUGAUGCUCUUAAUGCUCUUGCUCAUCUUGCUACUCCUACUAGUCCGUGUAAAGUUGAGGUGAAUACUAGUAAGAAUCAACUUACUAUCACUAUUAAAUAUAAUAAGAAUGGUAAGUGCAUUAAAACUGUGAUUACUGGUAAUAAUCUUGGUGCUGGUCUUAAGAAACUUGGUCUUAAGGAUACUAACGAUGCCACUGUUAAGGUGGCUCCUCCUCCUAAUCAUCUUAAGAUCGAAUAUAAGGAUGCUAAUGGUGAUGAUGAAAAAAAGACAGGUUAUAUUAAUAAGUCUGCUAAGGAAAUUGCUAAGGAAAUUGAGGCUACUGCUAAGGAUCCUGCUAAUCCUAAUGCAGAAACUUAUUAUCAGGUUAUUCAUCCUACAACUAAAAUCCGUUACUCAUUUAAACUCGAUACUGAUCAGGCUAAUAAGCUUACUACUAGUGGUGCUACUAUAACUGGUCCUGUUACUGUAGAUUAUGGUCAUAUAUUUGCUGAAGGAUUCGGUAAUCUUGAAGAUAUCAAGGAAUCUAUGGUUUCACCAUUACUGAUUGUCCUCGUUGGUAUGGGUCUGGCUUACGGCUACUAUCUUGAUACUCAAAAAACAGUUAUUACAUUUGAAAAGGACGGUAAGGGUACUGGUAAGGUCUCUGUGAUAUUAAUCCUGCUGAUCUUACUGCUGAUAGUAUUCAAAAAGAAUGAGGAUACUCCUGCUGGUCCUGCUACUAAACCGAAUACUAUUACUCUUAAAACUACUCUUACAGGUCCUAAGAGUGGUACUAUUACUAUUACUGGUAAAACUGUUCCUGCAACUGUUCAUUUUGGUCAUAUAUUUACUGAUAAGUUUGAUACCAGUUCAGUUCUCUGGGAGAUAAUUUCUCCUAAACUUAUUGUUAUUGUCGGUAUUCAUUCCUAUGUAAAUAAGGGUAACUGGGGUUACGAACACAAAAAGUCUUGUAAAUCUAACAAUCCAGAAGGAGGUGAUCCUGAUACUAAUGGUGACUGCACAGAUUGCGGCACCUGUACCUUCGAUAGUCUAAAACUCAAAGAUACUCUAAAUCCCGAUGCUGCUGGAGAUGCUGUUACUCUCACGGGUGGUGGUGAUGGUUUUAAAUCUAGUGCCACAAUCACAGUCACUCGUGGUGAAGGCAGUACUGUUGACUUCACAUCACUCACUCUCUCUGGUGGUGAAAAUCUUAACAUCUCCAUCAACAAAGGAACCAUCAACAACGAUGCUGGUAAUCUCCAAAUCGGUAGUCCUCAACUCACCAAGGAUACAGUUCUAAAACUUAAUGCCACUGGCACUCUAAGUGUUAGUGAUGUUCCUGUUACCCUUACAGGUACGAUAGUGGUCACCUCCAAAGGUGUGGCUAUUGGCACGACUCCACUCCAGUUUGGUGGAGGUCCUGGUGGUCCUGGUGGUGUAACUGGUUCCCUAACACUCGAGAAUGCCGGUAGCAAAACUCAUGUCACAAUCACAACUGGUUCUCUCACAAUCAAUAGUGCUGGUCUCGAAAAGCUUAAGACUGCCACUGGUACUCUUAAGAUUGUCAAAGAUAGUCCCACCGAAUCUAGUGUCAAAUACAAACUGGUUACCUCAGAUACUAUAAUUCUUGGUCUCAGCACACUAAACAAUAUCAAUGCCAGUGCCAAGGUAACUCUCAAAGGCCUUCCAACAUCACAAAUCAAAAUAGCUCCCGGUACCGGUACUAAUGGUAUCAAUGCCUUGAGUAUAUUUGGGACUGAAGUAACAUUCUCCAAGACUGAUGGUAACUUUGGUACUCUCAAAGGUACUAACCUGGAUCUAACUCUAAAUGGAUCUUUCAGUAAUGCCAAAAUUACCAAGGUUGGUGGUGGAGCUCUCAAGAUUGGUGAACAACUCACUAUUGGCACUGUGCUCAAAAUCACAGGUUCUAAUGGUACCGCCCAAAUUAAUGCUAACAUCAGUGUCACCAAUGGUGGUCAACUCGGUAGUGCUACCUCCUAUAAUCUGACUGGCGGCAUCACAGGAACACUCACCAGUCUCAAUGAUGACGCUAGUGUAAGGUCUAUAAGUGGGAAUCUACUGAUAAGUAUUAUGGUUGGCACAGCUCAUGCCAAAAUCAUUAUCGAAGGUGAUACCGCUACUAGCGGUAGUUCUAAUGGUACAUAUACUCUAGCCACUGGUGGAAAUCUGCACGUCACCGGGAUUAACCUCAGUGGUGAUGGUACUGAUCCAUAUGAACUAACGAGUAUUGGAUCUCUCACAGCUAGUCUUAAGCUCAAAACAGGUUCAGUUACAAUCAAACAGAAUACUCUUAUUACACUCAAACUCACAGUUGCUAGCAAUGCCCAACUCACUGUUAAUAGUAGAAGUACUAGUGGUACUCUCAAAGGACCUAAAUAUGGUCGACUUAGUCUGGGUGCCUACAAAGUAACCAAUAAUACUGAUGUUACACUAAAUACUUCUGAAGCUUAA